AUGCCAUGUAUGGGGCAAGACAGUUGUUACCCAAUGGCCUUUGGUGUACCUGCGGCUUUGAUGGUGGUUGCUACUUGUGAGUUAACAAUUUUAAUUUGAAUUUCACUUUUUCUUUAAAAAAAACAGUUCAAUUUUAGUGGUUUUCCUCUCCGGAAGCUUUUGGUACAAAAAACGACCAGUUACCUCCAAUGUGUUGGCCGAUGUUGGCAAAGUUGUAAUUGUAAGGUUUUUAUAAAUACCAUCACUGGCCUCGAGUUCUCGUACGUACAUUAGGCUUGACAGUACUCUUACAAUUUACAAAAAUUUUAUCAAUAUGUAAUUUAUAUGUAGUUAUAUGUUAACAUACUAAAUGGAUACGAUGAUAUUCUUCUCGUACUAAUAUGAGCAACCCCUUCAGAAAGCCUUAAUUGGUCGCUUCCGCUCCAACAGCAAGAAGGACCACUGGCUGGAGUACUCUUUGUACAACCAUUACUGUACCAGCUCUCAAGAAUGUCUGAAGCUAAAGCGGAAGACCAAGAAUACCACCGCUUGUGCCCAAGCCAAGUUUGUAGAUGACGUGAAGACUUUGGUACGAGUGGUGGUAAUGUUCCUGCCUCUGCCAGUGUUCUGGUCUCUGUAUGAUCAACAAGGCUCAGUUUGGAUGGUACAAUCACUUCAGAUGGACUGUCAUUUGUGGGGAGAGACAUUGCUCUUGCCUGAUCAAAUGCAGACCUUGAAUGCCGUUUUGAUCCUUGUGUUCAUCCCCAUCUUCACGGCUGUCAUUUAUCCAUUGGCUGGAUUGUGCUUCAAAGUAACGUGAGUUUUGAUUUACAUUAAGAUUAGUCAUCGUACGUUUUAAUAAAUCUUUUUAUAUUAUUUUCAUUAUUGUUUUAGCCCUCUACGUAAAAUCAGUAUGGGAGGUAUGAUCGCAGCCUUGGCAUUCGUUGUUUCAGGAUUGGUCCAACUAGAAGUUAACGUGAGUAUUAAUAUGUACUUUUAAAAUCCUAACCUUUUGAGAAAGUCCAAAAUCAUCGUAUUUGCCAUUAAAGUUUCUUGUUAAUAAAAGAUGUUUCAGAAGUCACUAGCUCCUUUACCAGACAAAGGUCAUACUUAUUUGUCAGUCAUCAACGCUCACCCGCAUUGUGUGUACAAAGUAACACCGGAAGGUUACAAUACCACCGAAUUUAGAGAAUUAUCUUCCCUCGACUAUGUCAAUGGCACCAAUGAAUUGUACCAUGUUAAACAAGGAAAGCUGAAGGUGACAUUUGACACUCCGGGUACUGAAUGCAAUGCAAUUGUGCCUAAAGAAAGCACUUUCGACAUAACGGGUGACUACGGGUAUAUUCACAUCGGUGCAUAUGGUGUAUUCUAUAGUGAGACUAGUGGCGACAAGCCGGUUUCUGGGAAUGGAGGUCACGGUAUCUCGUAAGUUGUUUUUACAAUGUUAUUCUACAUCAAUACGUUUAUUACCUUUACUUGAACUCAUCUCAUUACUCUUUUAAACCAAUUUGUGCACUGUUUCAUAUUGUUAUUUUUAGAGUUGUGCUAGCAAGCUCAAACGGAACCUACACAGAAGGGGUAGCUUUGUGCCGUGUGCCUGAUUCAGAUCCUUCAAAAAUUAAAGCUGGGGAGGAAUGUGACCCUUCUAGCCCGGAAAACUUUUAUUACUUUGUUCAAGAAGAAUACGACGAUGUGACAGACUUACAAGGCUUGUACAACUAUACCACUUCCAGCGGUGUUGAUAGGUUACAAGCAACCGUAUUCAAAACAAAGGAGGUAAAGCCUGGAAUGUAAGUACAACACAUAUCUAUCAUAUAUACAGUGUUGGUCAGCCUGUAAUGGUAUGGGAAGGGGAAGAUCUCAGAGUUUUACAAAUUUAUUUACUACUGAUCCUAAAAAACUAAACAGUAAAAAUAUACAUAUAAGACAAAUUACAGGUGGAGACUCCACUACAUAACCGGAAACCCAAGAAAAUCAAAGGAGGGCAUCAAGUGGAACUACGCUAACUACGAAUACACCCAAACACAACAAGGAGCUGUCUAUGUAAUAACUCUAUCCGGCGCUCUUAGCCAACCAUCAUACACCGUAUACCAAUCAGUGCCACAUAACGAUGUAUCAAUCCUGUGGCAAGUACCUCAGAUUGCCAUCAUUACAGCGGCCGAGAUCUUGGUCUCCAUCACUGGCCUCGAGUUCUCGUACAAUGAAGCCGCUCCGUCGAUGAAAUCUGUCGUCGGUAAGUUUUUGACAUUUUAUAUAAACUGCACGUUAUAUUUUAUACAUUCAUGUGAUAGAAAGGUUAGGAUUUAAAAAACAACAAGUACAUCUUGCCUUUUAUUGAUUAAUAUAAAAUAACUCAAUGCUAAACCUAAAACAAGCUAUUAAUGACACUUUCAGGUGCUCUGUUCUUAUUGACCACAGCUACUGGAGAUUUGCUGAUCGUAGUAAUCACCAAGCUGUCACCAUCGACCAACGCUGCUAUCAACUUCUUCUUCUUCGCCGCCCUGAUGGUGGCCGUUAUGUUGGUGUUCAUCUUGUUGGCCAUCUUCUACUACGAAUAUGCUAAAUUCUCAGAGAUCGACGAUGACGAACAUCUGAUAGCCAACGAUGACAGCGACGAGGAGGAUGAAGAAGAUAAGAGUUUGGGCUACAAGUCGAAUGUCCCUACUACAAUUGGCGCCGAGAAACUGUCGGCUUUGGACGACGACGCGUGGCAGAUUAGGCUGUAA